AUGCAGUAUGUGGUUACUGCUUGCAGCUACUGCAUAUUCUUCGUUGUUAUCUGCGGUGUUGUCUCUGCUCAGCAACAGCAGUCACUGGGAAACCCCGAUGCGAUGCUGACACCUCUUCCGGUAUGUUCCCAUGACAACAACGUCUGCAACAUUCUUAUCAAAAACGAGUCCAGUGCGGUUGACGAAAUAGAGCAGGUCUGCACAUGCGCACACGGCAAGCUAUGUCCUAGAACCAUUAGCAAGACCAAUACUAUCCGGUUCCUAGACUUCGAGUG